AUGUAUAUUGAAUCCAAACAGAAAGAAUUGGACGAUAUCUAUGAUGUACUUCAUACAAAAUUGGAUCAGUUCACUAUACAUUCAAUUUAUUCUAAUAUUUAUAUGAAACAAUUAAACAGUAUUUUAGAGAGAUUGUGUAUUAUACGUGAAGAAAUAAUUAAACCCAUAACCAUUGAUCUGAUCAAUAAAAAUUCAAACAAUAUUGUUUCACUUAUUAAUAGCCAUGAUUUAAAUACUUCAGAAAUAUAUCAACUACGAGAAGAAGCUCUUCAAUUAGUUUCAAAUCUAACUUCAAUUGAGUUAAAAUCAAUAAUUUUGAAAGAUCCAAAUCAUUAUAUCAACUUAAUAAUUCAUAUUAAAUGGAAAUUUCAAGAAUUAAAUAAUUUAGAAUUUCAUCAUGAAAGUUUUCAAUUAUUCAAUAAUCAAUUAACUUUAUUUUAUUCAUCAUUAAUUAAUAAUGAUAAUAAUAAUACAUCAGUUGAACUACAAAAUAACUGUGAUUCUAUUAAAAGUUUAGCUUCAAGACGAAGAGAAUUUUUAAUUCAAUACAAUAUACAAUGUAAAUUCUUCUUUGAAAAAUUAAAUUUGAUUAAAGUACAAUUUGAAAUUAUCAAACAAAUGUUCUCAUGUUGUAUGAAACAAGAUAUUCUUAAUAAUAGUGAUGAUUUAAUCGAUUCACAUUCAUUACAAUCACCAUUUAUCAAUGUUUAUGCAUGUUUCAAUACUAUGAAACAGUUCUUAAAAUCAUAUUUUGAACAGUUGAAAAAAAUCGAAUCAUUUAUUAAAACAAUUGAAUAUGAUUCAAUCUUCUUAAUUUCAAUGACAAUACAACGCAUACUUACAAACGAAUCAAAGCAAUUGAUUAAUAAUGAAUUAUGUAAUAUUUAUCAGAUGAUAAUAUCAAACGUGAUUUAUUGUGAACGACAAAUUAAUUGUAUCGGAUAUCUAUGGAAUCGAGUUGAACACUUAUUUAGGGAAUAUGAACACUACUAUAAAUCAGUUAUUGAUAAGAUCUCAAACGAUUUCUAUUCAGUAAAACAAAUAAAAGAUUAUAUUGGGAUAUUAGAUGCUUUUCACUACUGGAUAAAUCAAGUGGAAGGUGAAUUUCAAGCUAUCAAAGAAAAUGGUGAUACAUACACUUUGACAGAUAUUUAUUAUACGAAAGAAAUGCAGAUUUAUAUGGAACCUUUAUACGAUUCUGUUGUGAUACAUUUGAAGCAAGUGAGGGAUAUCAUAGUCAGUCGUCUAACCAAUCUACAUAAUCGUUUAACUGUAUUAAAUCAAUUACAAGUUAAUUUUAUACAACAUUGGAAUUACAAGCCUUCCAUUCAUCGUUACCGUACUCAAAGUUUAUGUUCUAAUACAGCUUUGAAAUGUCCUCCGGUAAAGAUAAAAAUUCAUAAACGAUCCAAUUCAUCAUCAUCAUUAAUAUCAAGUGUCCAUUGUACAGAAAUUAUUACAGACCAUCCAAUCAGUUUAACAUAUUUUUUAGGGAAGAGUGAUCUGUCACUGAAUUGUUCGUCAAGUUUCUUCGAAAAUAAGAAACUGAUUAAAAACAAUGAUGCACUAAUUACUGACAUAAUUUCUAAUCUUAAGCAUUCCAGGAAUUCCAUACAAUCACCAUGCACUGAAUCGACUUCAUCUACUUUAUUUUAUUCACAAAAUGAAGAAAAUAACUCAAAUUUGGAAGAAAUAAGCACACAAAUUAUCAAAGAAAUAGUACCGGGAGUUAUCGAUUCAAAGAAUAAUUCACCUGAUAAAAUCAUGUCAUUCCCUACAUCAAUCGGUUUUGACAAAGAUUUCAAUCUUACACAUGAUAAUGGUCAUGCUAUAAAAGAUUGGACAACUAAGAAGGAAAAAUUGAUAGAGAAUUUUUCAAGUUUUAUUCAGGAAUAUGAGGUUUGUUGUAAAAACAAUACACCUAUUCAAACUGAGAACAGGUUGGAGGAUAGAUGUACUAAACAGUUCCUCUCUGACGAUCACUAUCUCGGUUCAAUGAAAGAAACUUCGCAUAAGGGAAAUUUCUAUGCUUCCGUUUCAUCAUAUUUGCACAUAUCCAAUGAUAUUGAUGCUUCAUCAUUAUCCUCAUGUAGUACAGAAAAAGGUGUCAAUUUUAUGUUGAAUGACUGUUCACUGCAUACAUUGCUUUCAAAAUCGUAUAACAAUUUACUGCAGAUUACCAAGAGAUUUCAAUCGAGUUUAAUCAAUUUUAACAAAACCAAUCUUACAGUACUAAACAAUAUCAAUUUAGAUAAUGAGUUGAAUAUCGAUCAAAAUAUCUUUGAUGAUGAAACUCAGCUAUCUAUCUUGAAUCCACUUCAUUCUCCAUUGAUAAUCUAUUUAGAUCGUAUCCUGAACUACUUCAAUACUACAUCUGAUAAAAAUGAUUUAACUAUUGAACAAAAUGAAUUAACAUUUAUAGAACAUAAUCUAACCAAUAUGUGGAAAUAUUUUAACGAAAUUAUUUUAAAUAUGAAAAUAAAUAGCAAACAGUUUAACUUAGCCGAUGAUUUCAUGAAAUUGGUGGAUAAUAACAUGGUAACUAUUUAUUUCGAAAAUACAUCCUCUGGUUUAUUUGAUCAAUUAAUCAUAUUGACUAAUGAAAUUCAUUCAUCAAUUAGAGAUUUAAAUAAACAUUUGUCAAAAUUAUCCUCUAUUGAGCAAGAACCAUUUCCAUUACCAAAUUUAUGGUGUACUUUAUUUAAAACAACAGAUUUAUUAUGCAUAGAAAUGAUUUAUUCACGUAUUUUGAUACUUAUUUUCUACUUUGCCUACAAAUCAUUAUUAUUUAUUUAUGAUAUAUUAAGUGUGUAUAGUGUUAGUCGAAUAAAGAAUACAUUUAAAAAGAAUUCGAGUAAUAACUUCAUGGAUGCUUCAAAUAACAAUCAUCUGAUAAUUCUAUUAAAUGAAUUCAAUUAUUUACAAUAUAUUUUAAAUCAAAUAAAUCCAUCUAAUUUUUAUCAUUCAAUCAAUCAACAAUCUAAUGAAUUUUUAAUACAAUUUACUACAAUUUAUUUAUUAAAUAAAUAUAAUUCUGAUCAAUAUUCAAUAAAUUUAUUUAAUCUAUUAAAUUCAUUUAUUGAUUGUUUUAAUCAAUUAAUUAAUUUUCCAUUAAAUAUCAUUAAAACAAUAGAAAGUAAUGUCAAAUUAAAUGAUCCCAUUCAUGAUAAUGAUAAUGAUGAUGUCAUAAUGUCUAAUAAUAAAUUGAAAAAUCUAAUCAUCAUGGAUUCAUUUAGCUGUGUAAAAACAUCAAUAACUAUGAAUUCAUUAAAAACUGUACAGAUUUUCAAAUAUUUAAUCAUUGUCAUUGAAUCGUUAGUUAAUAUACCAGUACUAACAAUGAAAGAAUUAGAAAAUAGAUAUAAUAAGAAUUUGGCCUUAUUUUCUCAGAUUUAUUCUAUUUGUUAUCGAUUACAUCUCCUGAACGAAUCCAGCAACACUACGACAGAGGAUAACCAACCACUACAGUAUGAAGAAUGUAAAUCACGCAUUCAACAUCAACAACAAAUUACAGAUCUUAUCACGCAAGGUUUAGAUUUAAACCAUAAAUUAAUGAUAUGGUCUGCAAACUGUCAUAGUCUGCUGGACCGAUGGAAACGAUUAAGCACUCAAGUAGAUUGGUUCAAUGUGCAUAUACAAAACUUAUGGAAUCGAUUACCUGAAACACCAAUGCCAAAUCCACCUCAAUUCAAAUUGGAUUAUCUACUAUUAGAGACUAAUAAAAAGAAUCAGUUUAUUAAUGAUAUAAAAUUUAUAUCACCAAUUCAAGUAUCGUACAAUAUUUUAAUUUCUGCAAAUUCUUUAGAUGCAUUAUUAUAUUAUAAAAGUUGGAUAGAAAACAUUUUUAAAUCUUUUAAAAGUUUAAUACCUAUUUGUGAGGCUAUUUUGUGUGAAGGUCAAUCAUUGACUAAUGAAUUACUUCAUAUAAAUACAAUGAAUAGUCAUGAAAAUAUUGUAGAUCUUAUCGAAAGUACUCAGAAGACGUCAUCAUCUUUGGAAUUUUUCAAUCAUAACGAUAAUAAUAAUAAUACAUUUUGGAAUAAAGAGUUUAAAAUAUUUUUGGAUUUAAUAAUUGAAUGGUUGUUCAAUUUACUAGUUGAAUUCAAUCAACAAAUUUUCUAUAUUCAAUUAUUAGAAAAUUGUAUAAAUGAUUUAACAUUAUGGAUUAUAUCAAAAAACAAUCAACUUGAUUAUAUUAUGAAACAAUAUAAAAUUCAAAUGAAACAAUAUUCAAAUGAUUUAUAUCGAAAUAUUAAAGGAUUCAAUGAAAUUGAUGACAUCAUUAGUGAUUUAUAUAUUAAUGAGAAAAUGAUUCAAUUAAACAAUUUAAAAUUGUACAUUGAUCAAUUGAACAAGAAUGAAUUACAUUGUCAAAAUUAUUUAUUUUAUUCCCGUCUUAUGAAUUCAAGUCAAUGGAUUAUUAAAGUGUAUAAUGAUUGUCUAUUACAAUAUAAACAAAUUCUAAAUCAUUAUCAACAAAUUAUUCUAAGAAAUAUUUUACAAUUGUCUAUUAAUCAUGAAAAUUAUUCAAUCAUUUUCAAUGUUUUAUACUCCCAUUUUCAUGAUUGGUUCAAUUUAAUUAUGAAAAGAUUUUCUGAUCAUGAUUUGAAAUUUAUUCAAUUGAAUGGAAUCUCUAAUCAAAUCCUUUAUGAUCUAACUCAAAAUUUAUAUCGUCAAUUAGAAAUUCGUUUACCUAUUCUAUUGGAAUUAUACAAUUUAGAACAACAAUUAUGGAUCAACUAUAAAAAUUGUGAUAAUGAUGAUGAUGAUAACAAUAAUGUAACAGUUUCUUAUUCAGAACAAAUUGUUCAAUGCAAGAAAUAUAUGGAAACAUUGAAACAAGUACAAAUCAAUUUAUUAACUGAUCUUAAUAAAUAUGAACAAUUAAAUUUGUGUUUUAAUCAAUUAUUCAUUGAAAUCGAAGUGUUCAAUAUAAAAUAUCCUGAUAUAACGAUAUAUACAGAUGUAGAUAAGAAUUUUUUCUCAAAGUAUAUUUUCACUGAACUAUUGAAUGUGAAAAAUACCAAUGAAAAUUUAAGAAAACAUUUUAAUUCACGUUUAAUAUCAUUAAGAAAUAAAACGGAACAAUUUAUAUCCAAUUCAAAAUUAACACAAAUGAAUACAUUAAAAAUAAUCAUUGAUUUUCAUAAAAUUCCCAUCAAUCAAAUUAAUCAAUAUUUAUUGAAAAAUGAAACAUUGAAUACCCUAUUAGAAAAAUUAAAUUUUAUCAAUGUUCAAUUAUAUAACAAUAUUAUUGAAUAUAAUGAUUCUAUUGAAAAUGAUCAAUUAUUGUUAUCAAAUAAUAAUAAUAAUAAUAAUAAUAAUAAUAAUAAUAAUAAUAAUAAUAAUAAUAAUUGUCUAAAAUCAGUAGUCAUUGAAAAUUUAAUUAAAUUUUACCAAUUUUUACAUCAAUUAAUUCAUUUAUAUGGACGAGUAAAUUUUCUACAACAAAUAAAUGAACAAUUUAAUUUGAUCAAAAAUUUUCAUGAUUCUAAAUCAUUUGUCCAUGAUCAUCAUCAUCGUCAUCAUUUGAUCACAUCUUUAUUGUUAAAUUUUUUAAAUGAAAUUGAUGUUUUAAAGAGAUAUUGGGUAUAUAAUAAUAAUAAUAAUAAUAAUAAUAAUAAUAAUAAUAACGAUAAUAAUGUUAUGAUUCAGACUGACCAGUCAAUUUUUCAACAGUUUAUAAAUUAUGGUAAAAGAAUUUUAGAUUUAUGUCAAUGUAAUUUGAAAUGUUUCAUUUGUGAAUAUAUUCAGUUAUCCACGAAGUCAUUACUAACGGAAUUUACUACAAUUCAUCUUACUGUAGUAGAAAGACUGGAACAGCUUUACUCUAAUAUUCAAAUUCAUAUCGAUCAGUUCGGAAAGUCUCAGACAUUUUACGCUAGUAUUAUGCAUCAAUUACAACAAUCCAAAGAUAUAUGUGAGGCAAAUAUUAAAGAGUUGUUAAUUGAUAAUCAUUGCAUAUGUAGUUCACAUCUAUAUAGUAAUAUUGUUGGGAAUACCAACCUUAACCUUGAUAAUCCUGUUUUUGAUCACAUACCACCUAGUUUAUCUUUGAUUAAUCUAGCUAAAUCUGCUUAUCAACAUACUUUAUUGUCUAAUGUAAAAGAAUUUUCUACUAAAUCGAUUAAAGAAUCAACAUUUUCAUUGAAUGAGGAAAUUUCCAAUUUGAUUCAAUUAACAAACUUAUAUUUAUGUCGAAUAAAACAUGAACGUAUACAUUGGAUAAAUUCAAUAGAAUAUUUACAAUCAAUUCAAUUAUAUCCAACUGAUCUAUUAUCAUCGAAUGAAAACGAAUUGGAACUUUGUAAUUCUCAAAUUGACAAUAUCAUGAAUUUAGUGGAAACAAUUAAAAAUACUAUUUCAAUUAAUUUAUUUAAUGGUGGCAUUCACAAUUUGUAUAAUUUAUUAUCAUCUAAGUCAAUAAUGUUCAAUGUAAAAUUAGAAUACUUCAAUAACUUCAUGAAAUAUUUCACUAAUGAUAACAUGAUCAACAAGAAUGUGAUAAACAGCAAAGAUGAUUGUUGUAGUUGUGUAAAUUCAUAUCUGUUACAAAGAUUUAAUUUAUUAGAACAAAAUAUUAUCCGUUCAAUCGAGAGUUUGUUUGUAACAACCAAUGAGCACCCAUUCAAAUUCAAAUUAGAUGAUAUUAUUAAGCAGUGUAUCAAUGUGAAUUCAUGGUAUAAUGAAUAUGUUCAAUUAGAACCAUUAUUCAUUUAUGUUUCUACGUACUCAUUCACUGUAAAAAGAUCUCAUCAGACAAUCUGUAACCAAAUUAACAAUGCUGCUAUUUUGCCAAACACUAUUUUGACAAGUGAUUGGCUUAUUCUUGGUAUUUGUUUACAUCAGCUUAAAUCAGUGUUACAUAUAAUUAUGAAUCAAUGGAUACAUUUUGUAUCUGUAUGCAAUAAUGUUAAUGCUUUGUUAAAUAAUGUGGAAUUAUCAAAUGUUAUGAGUCAAGUAUAUCCACAGAAAUUCGGAUUUUCAUAUAUACAUCAGUCUUUAUGGUCUUUUAAUUAUCAAGAAGUGAUAGACGAAUUGAAAAGACAACAAAUAUUAUUCAACAGCCUAUUUGUUAACGAAGACAAAAACUGUUCACAUGAUGUUAUCAAUGGUUUGAUGGGAACAUUUAAAAAUUCAUCAUCUUCAUCGUCUAUCGUUCCUGAUGAAGUGAAUGAUGGUAUUAUACAUAACUGUUAUAUAACGAAUGAGAUAUUUCUUCCAUCUAUAUCUCAAGUACUCUGUACAAUAUGUCAUAGAAAUCCUUUUAUAUAUAAUAAUAUUAGUAAUGUGUCUUCCAUGAAUGUGUUAAUCAAUGAACAAGAAGAACGUCUCAAAGCUUUGAAUAAAUACAAAGUUGACGACAAAAAGAAUACAUUAAGUUUUGAACAAAAUCAAAUUUAUUUAACUACAUUACAACGUCGAAUAGAUAUGAUUUCAGAAUGGAUUGUACAUUUUAUAGACGAAACAGUACUAUCAUCAUCAUUCAAUGAUGAACUCAAAGAAAAUGCAGAAAUGUAUUUAGAUCAAUUAAUAAAAAUUGAAGAGUUACUUCAAAUUUGUCACAGUGAAUAUGAAAAUAUUAUUGUUUAUUAUGUGAAUAAUAUCAAUGUACAAAUACAAUUAGAUUUAUCAAUACUACUUAUAAAUUGUCUACAAGUAUAUAUUAAUCAGUUAACACAAACGAUUAAACAUGAAUGUGAAGAGAUUUUAAUAUAUAUCAAGACAAAUGUGAAAUUUUUAAUUGAUCAAAUGAAAAUGAUGUUAUUAGUCGAUGUUGAUGAUAUUAUGUGUAUACAAUAUCCAUGUCAUCAAAUUAAUCAGAGGAGAUGUACUUCAUUGAACAAUAUUCAGGAAAUUCAGUUUAAAUUGUUGUAUAUGUCAUGUAUUCAUAAUCAUUUGGUUAAUUUAUCUAAAAUAGUCAAUUGGAGCAGCAUAAAUGCUCAUUCGGAUACAACAGUUUUACUGCGUCAAUUUUGUUGUUCCUAUACUUAUUUAAAUCGAAUAAAUCAAUACCUUGAAUACUCUAAUAAUACUUAUCAAGAUGAAACUACUGUUUCAAUAAAACUGGGGUCUGAUUCGACAUUAUCUGCUUUGAAUUCACUUCAAGAAGAAUCGAGACAGAAAAGUUCUAUCAAGGAUAUUACUCCCGAAAAUGAUAUCAAGCCGAUGUCUCCAUCAUUAUUUCAAGCGGAGUUUGAUUAUUCGUCAAUAACAACUGUGAGAUCAUCCAAUAAAGAAAUCCAAUCAAAUGUUCCUGAUCAAAUAGAUUUUGAUAAUACUUGUUUAAAAGAGAAACAUAGCAGCUUAAUAUCAAGAAAAUCAUCUGAUUUAUUAAUCACUGAGCCAUCUUCAUCAACAUCAUCAUCGUUGUCAUCAUCAGCGUUAUUAUUGAUAUAUUCAAAGAAUAAACAGCUAGUCUCCAAAUCAUACACUGCAAAGUCAACAGAUUAUUCUGUUGAUAAUGAUGACAUCACUUCAAAAAUAGUUAUUGAUGAUAAUAAAAGAAGUCCUAUUAAACACAAUCCCGUUCAUAAAUUGUAUUCAAAUCCGUCGACUAUUGUCACUAAAACAUUUCAAUCGAAUUCUGAUGUGUAUGAUUUACUGUCUCAAGUUAAACUGAGUCUAAUCAAAGUGGAGCGUCAUUUAAAUGAACUGGACGCAUAUCAUGAUGAUGGUGACGACGACGACGAUAAGAGUGUUCAUUCUGUUAAUCAAGUUGGUGAAUCAUUAUCAUUAGCUCAUUUGGCUACAUCAUGCGAUCAGUUGAUAAAAUUCUUGGGUCAACUUAAAGCUUAUGAUUUUCGAAUAAAUUCUACGAAAUCUCUAUUGAAGUCAACUGUACCAAGUAGCAGUACAUCGCUUGUUGUUACCACUAAUCAAGACGAAUUAUUGAAUGAAUUGCAUAUUGUUUGGCGAAAACUGAUUGUAGGUACAAAAAAAUGGAUUUCGAAACUACAAUAUAAAUUUAUUUAUGAAAAAAGUUUAAACUAUUUAAUUUAUGAAUUUGAAAAACAUUUAACUUAUACAAAAAAUCGUUUAGAUUAUUAUUUUCAACAUAUCCAUAUUAUAUUUCCUACUAAUAAUGAAAAUGAAAAAGAACAAGGAAGUUUCAAUAUUGAAAAAAAAUUAAAUAAAUCAUCAGAAUCCAUUAUCACAUCAACGACAAGAUCAUCAUUAUUCUCUUCCACAUUGUCAUCAUCAUCAACAUCACCAUCAUCAACAUCACCAUCAUCAUCAUCUUCGUUAUCUGAAUUAUUAUCAUGUGCUCAAUUAUUGUAUACAAUUAAAUUACGAUUAAUUGAUUGGCUUAAUUAUACAACUUUAUUAUUAAUGUUAAUAAAAGAUAAUGAAAAGAAUGAUUGGUAUUUUAUCUUAGAUAAUAUAUUAUUACAAUCUAAUGAAUAUGAUGAUAAUAAUAAUGAUAAUGAUGAUGUCAAUGUUAAUUCAUUGAAAAUUAAUCUUGUAAAAUUUCAAAUAAAUUUCUUUCAUUUAUUAAAUUUAAAUAAAAAUUUAUGUUUAAAAUGUUAUCAAUUAUUUACAUAUUUAAAUAAUAAUAAUAAUAAUAAAUUAUCAAUAAUCAAUAAUAAAAAUUAUUCUUUAUAUAAUAUUACUAAUCAUCUUAUUAUGGAAAAUCAAUAUAUUGAUUUAUCAUUAUUAAUUAAAGAUGAUUAUAUAAUGAAAUCUAAUUCACAAUUAUAUGAUGAUAAUGAUAAUAGUAGUAGUAGUAGUUCAGAAUGCUUUGAAUCUCAUCAUUUUUCAUUGAUAAAGAAAAACAAUCGUUCAAAUAUAUUGGAUAUAGAUUUGGUUUUAGCCAAUUCACAAUUAAACAACUUUAUCGUUUAUAAUUUACCAUCAGAUGAGUUAAACAAUAUUCAUCAAACCCCUAAAUCAAUAUACUUAAUUGCUAUGAUGAAACCAAAUUAUAAUAACAUCAUUUUGAAAAAUAACGAUUUAUUAACUAUUGAGAGUAAAAUGCAAAGUGUACAUAAUGUCCAUACAAAACCUUUAACAAAAUUAUUGGAUCUAAAACAAAUAACUGAUUUACAGCUUUAUCCUUAUCCUGUUCUUCAUCAUGAUAAUAAUGAACAGUCUAAUUUCAACAAUCGUCUGACAGAAUUAUCGAACAACAAAAUUAGACAAAUUCAACUUCAUUUUAAUCUAAUGAAUUCAAUGCAAAAUAUGUCGGAAAAAUCGAUCAUUCCAAUCAAUACAACUAUCAUCAGUAAUUUCAUGCAUUCACCAAACUGUAUUUGUAUCAUCAGUACUUCUUAUAAAUCAGGUAAAAUAAAUAUAAAAAAUACAUUUAAAAUAUCUUACAAAAGAAAUGUUCAUUUAAACGAUGAACUAUUAAUAAAUUCACCAUUGAAUCAAAUGUCUACAAUAUUGAACAGAAAUAUUUGUGAAAUCAAUUGCGCCAAUAAACAUUAUGACAAUAAUGGUGCUUCUGAUCUUGAUCUUGACGGUGAUGAUGAUGAUCAUCGUAAUAAUUCAUUACGUUAUUCAAUUAAUACUGUAUUUAGAAACAACUAUGAUCACUGUAAAUUAUUUAUUCAAAAAAAACUAUUACAAAACAGUUUACCAUUUAUGCGUAAUAAUAAACUUCAUUUAUUUCCUGUCUAUAGCUCACCUUCAACAUCACCAUCAUCAUCAUCACCUCUUCCACUUCAUUGUUCCCAUUAUCAGAACAGAAGUGUUUUGUAUAGAACAACAUCAUACUUAUCUAAACGUUUAUGUAGUAGUAUAUUCACGAAAUUGUUAUCAUAUUUUAUUUCCUUGUGUAUAGUAUUAUAUCUUAUUAAUUUUCUGGUAAAGUUUUCAUUUUCUCUACCAGAUAAUCUGUUAGUUAUACAUGAAGAAGAUUGUAGACAGCAGACAUAUUCACAAAUAUUCUUUUAUUCAUUAUUGUCAUGGAUUAAACGAAUAGGCGUAGACGGUGUUGAUCUAUCACAAAAAAAUAUUAGCUUACUUAGUGAAAAUCCAUUGACUAGAACGUGGCCAGAUAAUGCACCACCGUUCUAAACUAAAAAUCAUAAAAAUGUUCAAUAAUUUUGACAUGUGUAUGAAUGUUCCAUGAAUAUCACUAUAUAUAGUUGAUUACAAUGUGAAAGAAAGCAUUUUUUUAGUUUAUGGAAUUGUACUUCUCAUUUCUUCCCAUUUAUACAUAUAUGGAAGUAUAUGUAAUAAUAAAAACACAAUCAGUA